UGCAAUUUAUGGUCAUCAAUCCAAUAUACUACUAUUUGCAAUUGAGAAGAGAUCAGAAAAAUGGCAUACAAUCUCCAAUCCCUCAUCACAAUCCUAAAACAAAUCCUUGAUCCUGAACAAACACGGUGGAUUGUUAAUCAAAACAAACCACAACUCGAAUCCAUACUUGAAAAGACUGAAUCUCUGCAGCAGCUUCUUCACAAGUGUCCGCUCACCAAAGUAGCACGAAGUAAUCUGGAGAGGCGAAUCAGAGAUGCAGCAUAUAGAGCAGAAGAUGUUAUUGAAUCUCGCAUGGUUCAUCAAAUGCUUUCAGCACCUCAAGGCGCGGAUCGAUCUCUCCUAUUGUUUACUUUCUUCACACCAUAUCUUCAACAAGUGAAGCAACAACUUGAUCUGCAGCAAGAUCUGGAGCGAGUAACUCAAGAGCUGGAUAUUGCAACGCAGCAAGUGGUGGAGCUCAUGGAGGGGACGAUGAUGUUAGGUGGCAGUGGUCCAACACCAGAUCAUUUGCAGCAAUCUGUGAAGCUCGUGGAGCUGGAGGAAAAGAAGAUGCUAGCUCGUGGUCGUUUAUCGAGCGCCAAGAACCAUUUGGUGGGAGUCAAUGAACAUCUGCUCAAGUUGAAGGAUCUUCUUACAAAUAUGGAGGGAAAGAUGGAGAUCAUCUCCAUCAUAGGCAUGGGUGGAAUAGGUAAGUCCGCACUUGCUCGAAAGCUUUACGAUGAUCCAGACAUUAUUAGUCACUUUGAUUGCCGUGGUUGGGUCUUAGUUUCUCACGUUUUCAAUAUGCGAGAAAUCUUAUUAAGUCUUAUUGGUGUCCCAAAUGAAAACCUCAGUGAUGAAGUAAUUGAAUGCAGUGAACAAGAGUUGGCAGAAAAAUUGUAUAGGAGAUUGCUUCAUCGACGAUACAUGAUUGUGUUAGAUGAUGUAUGGAGCACCGAAUUCUUGGAUAAUAUAAUGAUGUGCUUCCCAGACAACAAUAAGGGGAGUCGGAUUGUGAUCACCACCAGGCUUGCUGAUAUAGGGAGGCGUGAACCAAACUAUAUGCAUUUCGAGGUUAAAUUACUUUCGCAAUCUGAAAGUUGGGAUCUACUUCGCCAAGUUGUGUUUGGAGAAGAGGACUGCCCUCUUGAAUUAGAAGAGAUAGGAACUAAGACUGCGAAACAUUGCCGGGGGAUUCCUCUUGCCAUUAAGGUGACUGGAGGGCUCUUGUCACAGUUCGAAAGAUCAAGAGAGGUCUGGGAGCAGUUUUUGACAGAGUUCAAAGCUUCAGUUGUUAGGUCAGACAACCUCUCCCCGCUCCUCAGUGCACUUACCUUGAGCUAUAACUACAUACCAAUUUACUUGAAACCAUGUUUCUUGUAUAUGGGAGAUUUACCACAGGCUAAUGAGGUUAAAGGAUCUAGACUUGUGAGUCUAUUGAUAGCUCAAGGAUUUGUGGAAUCUAAUGGAGAUAAGAGGUUAGAGGAAAAGGCCGAGGAUUACUUAAAUGCUCUUGUGGACAGGAAUCUACUUUCUGUUUCACGAAAAAAGUCCAAUGGCAAACCAUUGAGUUAUUCAAUCCAUGAUCUUUUGAGGGAUGUAUGCGAAAAGAAAGCUGAUGAGGACAAGUUCCGUUGUGUAAGCUUUGAUUCAUCAUAUGAAAGUGAAGCUGAGCAAUUGUUGCCAAUUGCUCGAUCUUUCAUACACACUUGGAAGACUUUUAAAACUCCUAUGUUUUCCAGAUUAAGAUUGCUUAGGGUGCUUGAUGUAUUGAGAGUGGUAUUCAAGGAGUUCCCAGGAGAAAUAUUACAACUUGCGAACCUUCGCUACUUAGCUUUCUCCUGCACUUCAGGUUUACCAAUCGAGUUAUCAAGGUUAUGGUAUCUGCAAACCUUGAUUUUCCCCCUAUAUGUGCCCUAUGUGCCAUCUGAUCUUUGGGAGUUAUCUGAGUUAAGACAUGUCAAGUUCUCUGCAAAGUUCAAAAUCAAGGAGGCAAAGUUUAUCCACAAGAAGCUGCAAACUCUCUCCUGCGUGCUUGUAGUUCCUUCACUAAUUAGGAGUGGUUUUUUCGAAACAAUUCCAAAUAUCAGAAAGUUGGGAAUCUACUGUGAAGGCUCACCAGAGAUUGAGGUUGAUCUUAGCCAUCUUCACAAACUCGAAAAAUUAAAAUGCGAAGGUAGCCGUUUUCUGCACAAAAUCAGAGUUCCAUGUAAUCUUGGGAAAUUAACUCUAGUUGGUUGUGUAGUAUUUCAGAGUUUGUUGACCACUCUAUGUGCACUACCGAAUCUCAAAGUGCUCAAAAUAAUGUUUUGUGUCUUUGAAAGUGAGGCAGAGAAAGUGUGGGAGUUGACAGAAGUGGAUGAAUUCAGCUCACUGCAGUAUCUAUGUCUCAAAUCCUUAAAUUUGGUAUGCUGGAAAGCCGAUAAAGCGAACUUUCCUAGACUCAGAGAGCUGAUUGUAGACAGAUGUUAUGAGCUAGAGGAAAUCCCCAGUGCCAUUGGUGAAAUCCCAACACUUAAAGAAAUUAGCAUAUAUGAAUGUGGAGAUUCUGUAGUGGCCUCAGCCAAACAAAUUCGGAAGGUGCAGCAAGAGGAGCACAACAACUACGGCCUCAAAGUUUCUAUAACAUAUUAGAAGCAAAAAAGCGAACUGCUAGCCAUUUUCAGCUGCUGCUGCUUUGUUACACGUCCACGAUGGCCAAGAGACGAUGAAGACGUGAUCGGGCUCGCUUUGUACCCUUCUUUAGGCGUCGAGUCCUUUGUGUUUUUAGUUGUGUUUUGUGAUUGUGUUGGAAGUGGGCUUAUAGCUCCUUCAUGAGUUUUUCUUUGUUUGUAUCUUUCCCAUAUUGUAGUCUUUGAACCAAAUUGAGACUCUUAUCUUAUUAUAUUGUGUGAUUGCAUUUCAGACACUUUAUACACAUUUCAUAGAAGCCCAA